CCGGCCCAUGCCCCGCGCCCCGAAACCCUAGCCCCCGCUCCGCCUCGUCAUGCCACCGCGGCCGUCUCUCCAGUCGCUGCUCCUCAUGGCGGCCUCCACCUCCACGGGCGCCGGGGGCUCGGGCCUCCUCGUCGCCGCGCGCCGCCGCUUCCCCGCCGCCUUCGCCGCCCUGGGGGGGCAGCGCAUCCGCCUGCUCCACUCCUUCUCCUCCCGGACCCGCCUCCCCAGGCGGCCCGAGCUCGCCUGCUGCUUCGGGACCGCCCCCGCCGAGGCCGUGCCCGCCGCCCCGCGCUCCAGGAAUGGUAAUGCGACAGGUGCCACUCUCAGAGGCUCUCUGGUUCUGCUCUGCGGUGCAGGAGUUUCUUUUUCUUUGGGUAUUGCACAGCUGCGUGAGACAGGGAGUCCGGUUGUUGUUUUUACUGAUGUGUUGCCAUUCUGGGAUGACAGUUCUUUCGAUGGAGUACAGAAGGGCUUGUGA